UGGGAACAAACACUGCAAGCAGGCUCCUAGGCUCGACACGCCUUCCACCAGCUCAGGUGCCUCUUGCCCGCUUGCUUUCGAUCCCCGGCCUCACGUCGCCUCCAAAUGGACCCCAACUGUUCCUGCGCCACUGGCGGCUCCUGCGGCUGCGCUGGCUCCUGCACCUGCAAAGCCUGCAGAUGCGCCUCCUGCAAGAAGAGCUGCUGCUCCUGCUGCCCCGUGGGCUGCGCCAAGUGUGCCCAGGGCUGCGUCUGCAAAGGGGCCUCGGACAAGUGCAGCUGCUGUGCCUGA